AUUCUUCAUUUCAGUAUCUUGCAAGUAGUAAAUGUGGCCAGUAUGUUGACAUUGGAAUUCUAGCAUCUGAUUUACAGAAAACCUACAGUGCAGAAUAUGGACGAAGAAAAAGAAAUGCUUUUAGAAUACAAGUUGAAAAAGUGUUUAGAAUAAUCAGUAGUGAAAAAGAACAUGAAGAGUUAGCAGUUUUAGAAGCUGAACAUGUGGCAAAAAGAGCAAGACAACAGGAGAAAAAUGAGACUGAAGGUAGUGCCACAGAUGACUCUGAUUAUGGUGAUUAUCCAGAAGAUCUAUCUACAAAUCACAUGAACAGUUCCCUGCUGAGCUUAUACAAGAAAGGAAAUCCUGAUUCUGUUCCAACCACUCCAAAAAGUGAACCAGUGGAAACCCCUCCUCCUAUGCGAACAGCACCUCAAGCAAGCACCCUCUCAACAGGAACACGAGUUGAAACAUGCAUCUCUGAAGGUGGUUGGUUCAUUGAUAAAACUCCAUGUGGAAAAGACUUUUUCAUUGACCUUUCUGAGGAUGCAGAAGGAGAUGAAAAGAAACUGAUUUCUGAGAAAUCAACAGAAUUUUCUGUCUUGGAGAGUGAAAGAAAGAAGACCAAGGGUAAGAGAGCAAAAAGAAAAAAAGAAGAAUUUCCAGAUGUAGAUGGAGAAAUUGAUUCCGUCUUGCUUAGAGGGAAAGUUAGAAGUAAGGGACCAGAGCUUUACCACUCUUCAGUGAAGUUUGAGGAUGUAGGAGGCAAUGAUGAAACCUUAAAGGAAAUAUGCAAGAUGCUCAUUCAUGUCCGUCAUCCUGAAGUCUAUAACCACUUAGGAGUGGUUCCACCUCGUGGUUUUCUUUUACAUGGACCACCAGGAUGUGGAAAGACACUACUUGCACAGGCAAUUGCUGGGGAACUUGAGCUCCCAAUGCUGAAAGUGGCAGCAACAGAGAUGGUGUCUGGAGUGUCAGGGGAAUCUGAGCAGAAACUAAGAGAAUUGUUUGAGCAGGCUGUGUCCAGUGCACCAUGUGUCCUUUUCAUUGAUGAGAUUGAUGCAAUCACCCCAAAAAGAGAAGUUGCCUCGAAGGACAUGGAGCGGAGGAUUGUUGCUCAGUUCCUAACUUGUAUGGAUGACUUGAAUAAUGUGGCUGCCACUACCCAGGUCCUUGUUAUCGGAGCAACUAACAGACCUGACUCACUGGACCCUGCACUGAGGCGAGCUGGGAGAUUUGAUCGAGAAAUUUGUUUAGGGAUCCCAGAUGAAGCAGCAAGAGAAAAAAUUCUUCGGACUUUGUGCCGAAAACUUAAGCUCCCAGAGUCCUUUGAAUUUCAUCAUUUAGCACGGCUGACUCCGGGUUAUGUAGGUGCUGAUCUGAUGGCACUUUGUCGUGAGGCAGCUAUGUGCACGGUGAACAGGGUCCUGAUAAAAUCUGAGAAGCAGAAAUGGAAACACAUACAAGCUGCAGGAAACACAGCUGGAAAAAGCAUGGAAAUGGGAACAGACAUCCUGGUGGAAGAGGAUACCAGACAACUAGAACUUCUUCCUAAGGAUGAAUUGCAGAGACUUUUGGAUUUGCUGAAGAAGCAAGACCCCUUGCCCGAGGAACAGCUGCAGAAGCUGUGCAUUGAGAUGAAUGAUUUUAUUGUUGCACUGUCAUCAGUGCAACCCUCUGCCAAGAGAGAAGGCUUUGUCACAAUUCCUGAUGUGACAUGGGCAGAUAUUGGAGCCCUGGAGGAUGUUCGGGAGGAACUGACUAUGGCAAUAUUGGCACCUGUACGAAACCCAGAGCAGUUUAAAGCUCUGGGCCUGACUAGUCCAGCUGGUGUCCUGCUUGCAGGGCCUCCUGGGUGUGGCAAAACACUGUUAGCUAAGGCUGUGGCAAAUGAGUCUGGACUGAACUUCAUAUCAGUGAAAGGUCCUGAACUGCUAAAUAUGUAUGUUGGUGAAAGUGAACGUGCUGUGCGUCAAGUUUUCCAGCGUGCCAGGAAUUCAGCCCCAUGUGUUAUAUUUUUUGAUGAAGUUGAUGCUUUGUGCCCUCGGAGGUCUGACCGUGAAUCAGGAGCCAGUGUUCGAGUAGUUAACCAGUUACUCACAGAGAUGGAUGGUCUGGAGAAUCGUCAGCAGGUUUUCAUUAUGGCUGCCACAAACAGGCCAGAUAUAAUUGACCCAGCUAUCCUGCGUCCUGGUAGACUAGAUAAAACACUGUAUGUGGGUUUGCCACCACCUGAAGAUCGACUUGCUAUUUUAAAGACCAUCACCAAAGAUGGCACGCGGCCUCUGCUAGAUAUUGAUGUAAGCCUUGAAGAAAUUGCUUACAGUCAACAUUGUGAUUGUUAUACAGGGGCAGACCUUUCUGCUCUAGUGCGUGAGGCUUCAGUUUGUGCCUUGAGACAGGAAAUGGCCCUGCAGAAUACUCAAAACAAGAAAGGAGAAAUCAAGAUUUCCCAUAAACACUUUGAAGAAGCUUUUAGGAAAGUGAAAUCUUCAGUAUCAAAAAAGGAUCAAAUAAUGUAUGAAGAACUACGUCAGUCACUGUGCAGGUGAUACAUUUGGACAAUUCCCAAAAGAGACUUGUUCUACAUUGGUGGAGAGUUCGUUAUACCUGUGCCAGAUUUCAAGAGACAGCUGUACUAAACAUCUCACCUUUUUCAACUGUACCUGAAAAAAGGUUGUCAUAACCUACUGCCUAACCAUCUUUAAAUAUUUCCAGAAUAAAAGAUGCAAUACACACUUCCUGCUUAUCACCACUUAUAUUUUAAAAAUUUUUUUAGUGCUAAAGAGCUAACAACCAUUCUGAUAUAUUUGGUGCCUUUAAUCUAAAGUCCUUCAGAGACAGAGGCCAACUCUUCAAGGUGCUUACAUUGUUCAAAUAGCUCUUUUCAACCAUAAAAGAAAAUAGCUGUGUUUUCAAGAAUGAGGACUCUGGAAGAAUCACUGGGAGAACAGAGCUGUGAAAGUAGACUGUGAAAGUGCUGCACUGUAUGUUACCAUACUAUUACUCAUGCCUUUCCCAAAUAGUGACACAUUAUCAUUGUGCAAGCACAGUUUCUCAGAGCUUCCCUUCACCUUAUCAAAAGAAACUCUCCACAGAUGGCAAGCUGUCUAAGAGAGUAAAGUUUGGAAAUCUGAGAAGUGCUAUGAUACUAUGGUUUCACAGCCAUCCAAGAAAAUCUGGAACAGUACAAGAUCUAAGAAGCUCCUUCUUAAUUAAGUAGACAAAACUGCAACAAUAAAAAAUUCUGUUAAGCUCAAAUCCAUAACUCAAGUGUUUUGAUAUCUUCAGGAAAGGAAGAUGUUACUGUUUUAAGAAACAGGCUAAAAGAGACUCAAAUUUUUUUUUUUUAAAUACAAGAAAUUCUAUCUUGGAAAGAAGAAGAUCAUAACUUUCAGCAUCAGCAAACUGGGAAUUAUCUGAGUGAAAUGUGAUGUGACUGACUUCUGAAACUUAAAAGCCUUAAAGGAUUUUUUACCACUGUCAGUCUACAAAGUUCUUUAAUCAUUAAUCUCAGUUCCUAUCUUUGAUCAGUCUUAUUCUUCCUAAAAGCAUCAGUCAAAGAUCAGAAAUGGAUGAUUUUUACUAGCAAAUUUCAUAGAAAGUUUUGAGUUUGGUGUUAUCUAAAAAA